CUCCCCCAUCGACCACCAUGAGCAGAGUGGAUACUAUGACCAUCAGUGGGUUCUACCGCUUCACUGACAUCUGGUGGGAGUGGGAAAAGGUCUUGACAGAGGAGCAGAAAGAGCCCAUGAAAGCCAUGUUUGCGUUCGAGACCCUCGUCCAUCCAGACCAUCCACUUCGACGCAAAGGCCACGAUGGCAUCGAGCUGAGCAUCGGCACUUUGAACAACGGCGAGGCCCGUCUGCUGUACUCCUCCGCCCAGAUCGACUAUAUCAGGCUCUGGCUCGUCAAAACAGGUCUAACGAAGGAGAUGAUACCGCUUCCGUACAGAGCUUGCAUGCUCACGUCCUCCAACCUCCAAAACUGGGCCCCUGUCAAAUACAAGACCGCGGCGGAACUCAAGAAAGCCUUGAAGGUCAUGGACAAGAAUAACAAACGACUCAAGAAAGGCGCAGCACUGGACACCUCACUCCAGAACCGGCGUUUCAAUUUCGAACGCGUCCGUGCGCUCUGGUCCGAGAAACGUGGCUCGUGGUGCGCCAUGGACUUUGAGGCGUACGAGUGGGAACACAUGACGGUGACGGAGUUCGGCUGGAGCUACGUGACGUUCGUGAAUGGCGAGCCGGAAGAGCAGUCGGGACAUCUCAUUGUGAAAGAGAAUCGACAUUUGAUCAAUACGAGAUUCGUGCAGGGCAACCGGGAUAACUUUAGCUUUGGCGAGAGCGAGACUAUACCCAAGAAGGCCUUCGCAAAGCGAAUAAACGACAUGAUCGACACACUCUCAAAGAACGGCCCCCUCUUCCUCAUCUUCCACGACCAAAGCCAAGACGUCAAAUACCUCCGCUCAGCCUACGUCAACGCCCCCCUCACCGGCCUCUCCUACCUCCUCCCCAGUUCCUGCGAAUCCGCCUCCAACGACCAACCCUCCGCCCUCUACGUCGUCGACACGGCCGACCUCUUCGCGGGUCUAGAAGGCGAAGGAAGCGCGAACAAGAAGGGUCUCGAGCAGGUGUGCAGGCACCUCCAGAUCCCGACGCAAUACCUCCACAACGCCGGGAAUGACGCACGGUUCACCUUCCUCGCAUUCCGCUCCAUGGCCGAAGCCGGCCCCCUCGACGCCCAACGCGAAGCCCGCUGGCCCGACCACACCCCAGCUGGCGCCAUCGGGGCCGAAGGUGUGAAGGUCAAGUUCAAUAGGUACGAGGUGGAUAGUAACGCGAGCGUGACGGAUGAUGAGGAUGAGUUUGAGGGUUAUUAUGAGGAUGAGGAUGAACCUGGGCAGGAGGGGGAGGGGGAGGGGGAGGCGGGACAGGAGGGGGAGGAGGGGACGGGUGCGGCGUAGGUUGGUUGGAGACGAGGGUUUGAACUUUGGAUUUGCGUGACGGUGGUUCGGUGUAGGUAUUAUAGAAGGCUCAGACUAACACUAGUCAUAACGGAAUCGAAGAAAUAUCGCAAGUCGUGUAUCGUGUAUCGUGUACGUUACCGUUCUACGCAUGUAACCUGGGGCUGUAGUAUCAUGACCGUGUCCAUGUACUUGUAUGUAUCUAUCACUGCUCCCUUUCGCUACUGCUUUGCUGUCAUUGUUCUCGAAACAUCCAGCCAAUCUAUUUCACCAUUAUAAACAAAGAACACUCCAAUCCGCCUUCCCCAACCCCACUCGACCCUUCUCACACUCGAGGUAUAUACUGGUACAGUACCCACCCACCCCUCCAUUGCGUCCUCAAGGUACGGUACGAUAAAUAUAUAAAUAGAGCCAAAACCCAGUCGCUUUGAUCCGGCGACUGAGAAGUAUGCAAAUUAAAAAGAAAUCGAAAAUUUGAAUCUCGAAGGUCGUUAACUUUGAAAUGGAAUGGUGCGAAGAGAGCGAGAGAGAGUGCGAAGAGGGAGAGAAAGAGAAAGAGGAAAAAAAAUCGAUUAGCGAUGUAUGUAUCCGACGAAUUGUGUUCUUUUGCAUAUAUAUAUAUACAUAAUAACGUUUUUCGCGCGUUCUUCCCGGCCCCUGCUCUGCUCUGCUCUGCUCACUCGGUGGACUGGUGAUUGAUGAAAGAAAGCCGAGUGAGUGGGCGUCAGAGCGGCAUGAUCUCAACGAGUUCAAUCCUCCUUCUCGUCUCCGUCGUCCUCGUCGUCCGACCGCACGUCGUCGACUACCACCUCAGUAAUAGCGCGAUAGAGGAUGCGCAGGAUGAGGUAGAACCAGAACAGAUUGAUACAAUGCAGGAGGAAAAGCGGCGUGAAGAUCUGCCACUUCAUCCACCAUUCCAUCCACACCCCGUCUUCCGGUGCCCAGCGCUUGCUCGUCUCAGGCAUGAGGUCAAACUGUGUGUACACAGAAUAAAGCAUGACGAUAUUGAGGUAAUGCCUGAAAUAAGCCCACACGCCGACGAAGAUCCCAAAGGAUAUAUUCUUCGUGCGUUCGAACUGGAGGUAGUUCAAUACCUUACAGAACGCGAGGCCGACAUCGGGAAGGUCCAUCGAGAUGUAGACGGCGUUCCCUAUGUACGUGAGGUUGAUGAGGUAGCUCCAACCUACGAGCCAGAGCGUGACGAAAUGGUGCGCGACGAGCUCGUGAUAGUCUUUCCUCGGUUUCUCGAGCCCCAAGAGGAGGACGAUGAGCUGUUGACACCAGUAUGCGGCCUGCAUGAGGUAGUACCGUUUCAGAUCGGGCUUCAUCUGCCAAUGGGGGUAAUCGAUCCAGAAUGCUUCCGUACGGUAGAACCAUGUGGGCAACUGGGACAUGAUAUGCAGACCCCAGAGUCCCGAGAUGACGAAGUAAAAGACGGCAUAGCCCUGUUCGCCAAAACGAGCGAGUUUUGCUUCCUUGCGUAUGCCGAAGUAUUGAGCGAAGGGACGACAGAGGUAGGACGUGACGCUCUGGCGGAGGAAGGAGAAGAAGAUGAUAUAGUACGCGACGAACACAAGAUCGAGAUAUCCUUUUCGAUAGCGAGGGUCGGCGGAAUCAUCGGUCGGGGACGGAGUCGGGUGAGAUAUGAAGAGCAUGGGCGCGAACGGGCUCGGAGGUGGAUCAUCAAUAAAGAGCGGGGUGAGGUAGGUCCAUUGGAGGUGGAGGGCGAUCGGGACGAGGAGUAACCGGAAGGAGGAGG